UUUCCGAUUCAGUGUGCUGACAACGUUUGCACUGAACGGAUAGCACGUCGCACCAUAUCGAACGACGGCUCACCACAUUUUUUUUUCUAACGAUAUUUUUAUUCAUAGACUUUUUUCUAUGAUACGACUGGCUUGACACAUUUUUGUAAAGAAAAAAUAAAUAAAACCGAAAUUGUUAGUUUGUGCCUCAUGUAGUUCGAAAAAAUAUUCGUUCGAUUUAGUAAGCGAAGACACAUUUGCGCACCGCACUUUGUAUUCUAGAAAAUUAUCAUGAAUUUAUGACCAACAACAAUUACAACAGGACAAAUAAAAAAAAAAACACCGAAACAAGAAAGAAGACUGUUUACACAAGUGUGUGACGAUAUCGAAAAGAUACAUGGAAUUGUUCAUCAUAUUGAGAACAUGUCAUCAUUAAUUAACAAAGCAAUAUGAAAGUCAAACGCGAUUCGCAAUUUUAAUUUUGCCACUUUUUUCCGUCUUACAUUGCGUAUUUGUGAAUCGUAAAAUCGGGUGUUUUGCCGUGAAUAAUGUGACAGAGAAUGUGAAACAAAAUGAGUCGGCUAUUUAGUGUUGACCGGCAUUCAUUUGUCGAACAAAUUGAAGACACAGCGAUUGGAUAUAUAGGUUGAAAUAAGUGAAUCGUGGCUAAUUAAAGCAAGGAAAAAUAGCGACAAAAACAGUCAAAUGCAUUCAAAAUCGAUCGGAUUAAAUUGAUAAAACCAAAGCAACAAAACAAUAAUGCCCUGGAAUUGUUUGUGUUCGAGCAAAAGCAAAAAUAGGAGACCACAAAUCAGUGCACCUAUUUUAAAUACUGAGGACAUUCAAAAACUACAGUUGAUUCCGUUGCAAAAGCCACUCAUAACUUCAAAAAAUUUGCAUGAAAAGCUCAUACAACCAGAAAAUGAUGCGGUGGGUGUAUCACAAGCGUUGCACAACAAUAUCGGCAUUGAAAAUGUAUCAUCCGCGAACAUUGAUGACGAUGAUGACGACGACAAUCACAAUGUCGAAAAGCCGCUGCAAAGCGCUCAAUCAGCAAUCGAUUUAGCGAGAGCCCAAUUGGAUUCCGUGGACGAUAACAAACCGCUGGUUACAACAACGACGACAGAGGCGGCAACGACGAUAGCAACUGGCAAAUUGGCGUCCGCCAUAACCAGUAAAUCGAUGAAAAAGGACAUCAAACGAACCAAACGACUCGAGAAAAAACGAUUGAAACAACAACAAAAACAACUGAAAAAACUCAACAAGAAAGAAGCAAAGAAGGAGAAAAAUAAUAACAAAAUAAAAGAUGAGCAGAAGACGAACAACGGCAGCAGCAGCAGCAGCAACAACAACAACAAACCGAACGAAACGCUUCAAUCGAAUUUGAAGAAUCGUUCGCAAUCAUUUCCAGAGCCAACAGUGCCUCGGGCCAAAUCGAAAUCACCCGUGAACGUAACAUUUGCGUUCGAUACAAUUGAAAAUGGUAGCGAUGCUAAUAACCACAAUCGAACAACCAUUGUGCUACAUCAUUCGCACAAGGAUAUCACCCACGACCAGCAAUACAUCGACGAUGGUGGCAAUGACAGUAAAUCCAUUGGCGAAUACGAUUCAUUGCCAUUGAUUAAGGUCGAGAAAUCAGCCGAUGUGGACAGUGAUUUUGCUGUCGAAACGCGUUACGAGAAAAUUGAUGGCAAUGGUAAUGUGGUUGUUGUGAAUAAUGCACCAUUACCCAUAUCGUGUAGCUCAUCCGACAGUAUUCCAUUUAUUGACGAUAGUCCAAAUCCACGGCGUGCCGCUUCGAUUCCCAUUGAACCGCACCGAAAUCUGCAUGACAGCCGCUUCAUAACGUUGCAGCCGCGCAAUAUCGGUGCACAAAGUAUGAUUUAUGCACGAAAACUUGAAAAACCACUGCCCAUUGCCUUUAAAAUCCCAACGAAACGGGACCAAUUCGAUAAAUCCGCACAAAUUCUGUAUCAAUCGCUCAAGGAAUCCAUCGACCAUCACUUCGAUCGAGUAGCACACGUACACAAUAAGCUAUGUCAAGUUUGCCAUGAAUUUUUACUCGUUCCGGAUGCUGUUAAGUGCCUCACUUGUGGACUGGUUUGUCAUCAAAGCUGCACAUUGCCGCAGGUAAUAUUGAUUUUCUCGUCUGAACCAUUUGGAAAACUAUUUUUUUUCAGACUUCUUUGUUUACAUUUUCCAAUGCACAAAUAGUUUCACUCAAGAAUUUAACUCAAUUUUCCGUCGAGAGUUGUGUCUUUGCUACUUAGACUCAACGCUUUAAGCUUUGGCUCAUUCAACAGAUGGCGCUGUUGUGAAUGGAUUCAAUUGAGUAGACUUAUCCACAACGGUGUUUUUCUAUACGAUUAUAAUUCCUCUUAAUUCGAUAAUGAUAGAGUCAAUUGGUGGAAAGGAAAACAUUUUUAUAUUCAUUUUUCCUGUCGCAAAUCAUUGCCAUCACACACACACAUCUCAUUUCCGAUGAUCGAUCAUUAUUCAUGCAAAUGCGAAUGAUAUGCAAAACAUUGCCAUCAUUAAGUACAUUGUUUUUCUUUUCAUCGUUUGUUUGUUGUUGCUUGAUUUGCAUUUCUCUCGCAAAUCAAUCAAAAUUAUUUCAGCCGAGACAUUGUUUAUGUUAACACAUGCACACGCACACCACAUAAAUUAAUAAUAACAGAAAGAAAAAUACAAGCUGCACACGAGAAAAUAAUUGUUGUCAUUUGAAAAUCACAUUUUAAUUGCUUCAGUUUUCGCACCGACUUAUACUAUCGCAAGAUUGAGUAUGCAAGCAAGAGAUAGAGCGAGUGUAAUAUAAGCCUGGGUGUCUCGGUCGAGUGAUUAAUUCCAUUCUUCAUUAGACAGUAUGUAUUGGAAACAAAAUUAUGAUUAACACUUUGAAUAAUCACAUCGGAUCCGCAAGGCAUAAACUUGAUAUAUACGUUAUCAUCAAGAAAUCUUGUAUUAUGUGCAUGAGAAAAUAAGUUGUGCAUAUGAUUUUCCCGGUUCCAUGCACAAAGCACUUGAUACUUCAUCUUUGUGAAAAUCUAAUCUCAAUGCGAUUAAAAGCAAAUCGUAUGAAAAAUUGACUUGGAGCACAAAUGUGCGAAUGUAUUUGAUGCCUGAAGUGCGUCUCGGAGGAGAGUAUGCGCUCGACACACACACACACACAUGGAGAUAGAGAUGAAAAAAUACCAAAUGCAAUGACAACAAGCAGCCGAGAAAUGUUGCAAAAAAAGAAAUGCGGAUAAAGAGAGAAAAUCCGUUUGUUGCGAGACAAGAACCGAUAUUCACAGUUUCACACUUGCAUGUAAAAAGAUAAAUGUUCUCAAUCCGUUUGGACAAACAAGCAUCAAUUAUGCAUAUAAAAACCGACUGCGUCUUGAGCAUAGAAGAAAAACCCAUAAAUAUCCUCGAACGGUGUAUUGCUGCACUUGGAAUGCGCGGCGACAACGAUGACGACGACGAAGACGGCGCACAAACAAUUCACCGGGUGAAAUUGCUUCAUUUGCAAACAGAUCGGCAACGUGCUACAAUGGGAAAUGAAAACGAACGGAACGAGCGAAAAAAAAAAAUAAAUGCAUUAGAAUAUUUUUGCGCGCGAACCAACGAAGUUCGAAUAUUUUAACAUCGUCAAAAGCCAGAGGGGAAUAGUCGUGCGAGUCGACAAGUAAAUGGCCAAACAAACGAUUUACAUUUUAAUAGAAAUAUAAAUCAUUCGAAUGCAGCGUAUAAACAAAUUACUCCAUAUGCAUGCGCGAUUAAAAUCGCUUUGUUGACACGCUUUCGCACUACGAAUCAUAUCAAUGUCUCUUUCUCUCGCUUGCCGAAAUGUUUCAAUUUCAAAUCCAUAGUGCUUUAUUAGAAUAGAUAGACGAUUUUUGUUCGCCUAACGAACACCACUAACAGCUAGCAAAUUUUCUCAAUAAAUGUUAAGUGUGAAAGAGAUAAAUAACAACGAAAAUUAUCUCUCUCGAGAUGGGAAUCGAAGUAGGUGGAAAUGCAUAGCAAGCGCAUUCGUUCGUUCCUUUGCGCUCACGACUCGCAGUGAUGUGAUCGGAGAAUGAAUCGUCAGCGCAUUUUGCAAAUUGCUCAAACAAUAUUGCACUCUCAUAAAUUAGACAUUCAAUCGCGCACCCAUAUCGCAUCGUCAUUUUAAGUGGCUGUUUGGCUGUGCAUGUGUGUGUGUGUAUUUGAUUAUCAUUUGUCUCGGCAAACGAGUGAUAGAAGGAGCGAAACGAACUCGUACGAGCGUUGAAUGCAAACGAUUUAUUUUUUUGGUACGUGUUUCCGGAACAUUCGAAUCGAUUGAGGCAUGUUGAAGUCUUCAGACUUAAUCAGCGAUGGAAAUUACAGCUGGUUUGCUGGUUUUGCUCACUCUCUGUCAAUGCAUUUCACUUUUUCUUCUUGCCGAUUUGAUUUAAAUAGAAAACGCAGACUCGGUGUGUUUUUUGGAUGCUGUUUCAAAAUUUACAGCUAAAGUUGAAGUUGUUAAUCUUAGCCGGGGCCGAGAGCGAGUAGGCGAAGAAUGCAUAUGACGAAGUGUAACGCUUCUUGCUGUUUAGACUAAUGUCUAUUGUCGGUGUGUAUGUGUAUGCUGUGUGCGAGCACAAGUUUCAUUUGCUAUGCUCCAUGACAUUUUCAAUGGUUUAUUUUUACUGCUGAAAUUGCGUGGCCUCAUUAUGUAUAUAUCUCGUUUUGAUAAAUGUGAGCCAAUCGUGCAAAUCAUUAUGCUCGCCUAUCAAAAGCUUGCCUUUGUAGCUCGAUUCAUUUCCAUUUUGGCUUUUUUCUUUCCUCUUCUCCUCCACCGCCACCAAAACCACUGCCGUCAUCGCCACCACCGCCACCGCAUUCUCUUUCGCUGCCUCUGCGGCUACAGGAAUUAAUGCACGGAAAUAUUGACUUUAUCGUACGUUCGAAUCUAAAAUGAAUACGUCGCAUCGCAUAGGGGAAUCGGGUUAUUUAUUUAUCGUCACCGUUUAGCUUUUAGCGCUUUUCUACUUCGAGUGCAGAAAACUAAUCGAAAUAGAUAGAAAUUGCUAUUUCGAGUGAGGCAUAUUCCCGAUUCGAGUAAAUCCAAGCACAUUCCAAAAAUCAAUUAAAACCAACGACAGAUUAUCUGCUCAAAUGGAGUGAAAUUAAAUAGUCACGAAUCCUUAUCAAUUAAUUCGAGGAUUGAGCGUAAAGGAUGAACAGAAUGAAAAAAAAAUUCGGUGCGCCAUUUGCUAGUUAAUUUUUAUGGUUCUAAAAGCGAUUCCAUGUCUUGCAGCUGCCGUUGCUGCUACUGCCGUGGCACUCGAUGAUAUCGGGCAUUUAUUGAUGAUGGCUGCGCCUUAUCCUCUGCCCCAAUUCCAAUUCCGACCAAUGCCGAAAGAAAAGAAUACUUUAUUGACGUUUUGUAUCGUUUUAUUCUUCUUUUGAUUUUAUGGCAACCCACUUUUUCCAUUCAGAUAAAACUUAAGCGCCAAUUUUUAUACCCAUUCAAUAAAACUAAAGACCGAUUUUGUUUCAUUCACUCUUUUUAGGUAAGAAAAAUUAAAACCAUAAAAAGCGAAGGCUUCUGCUUGAUUACCUCAAAUGAGGUGCUGUGGUGAAUUGAAUCCCGAAACAAACGAAUCGAAAGAUAAAACUGAAUUAUAGUGGUAGGUAAUAAUUCAAAUAAUUGUUUAAAAAUUACACUUAAAUCAAUAUGCCAAAAAAUGAAUGAUGAAAAAUCUGGCAUCAAUUGCGUGUUUGUGUUUCGGAAAAAAAUGAGACAAACCAUAUCAUGUCGGAGAGGUAGUAAAUAUUGAUAACAAAAGAUUACGAGUUGUUCUGAAAUUUUGAAAUGCAGCCACGAUAACGGUAAAUAUGAAUAUGGCAUAAAUGCCACGAAAACCAACAUUCAAAGAGCUCGUUCACUCGCUCGCUUGAUUGCUCGCUCUCGCGCGCGCUCUUUUGUUACUAUCGUAUCGUUAGCAAACAAAACACAGCGUAUUAUGUGCAAUACAAAAACUCAUCAAAUAUGUAAAAAGCAUCAAGCACAGGAAAAGUCGGUUGUAGUUUUGCAAAAUUGAAUAGGGCACCAGAGAGAGAGAGAGCGAUAUAUUUAGCGUGUGUAUGUGCCGCGUAUGGCAAGUUACAAGUCACUAAAAAUUUUUCGUCUAUUCAGUUCAAUGGCGAUGUCUAUUGGGUAAACAGUUUUUAGUUGAUAUUCGGCGCCCUUUGGGACGCGUAUAGCGAAUAAUUCGUUGCUUUCAUAUGUUUCGAUUCAAAUUUUCAGCAAAGAGACUUGAACACAUUAUCAGCACGAAAGUCACAUGUGCCUGCAUAUUAAAAAAAACACGUAAGUAGACGCGAGCGUCGUUGGCUUGCGCUCGUUAUUGUUCAUUUAGUAAUGAAAAAUAGAAUCGAAGUCAUGUUGUCACAUACAUAUACACACGGCACUUUAUUCGCACAACCACUGCAUGGCUUUGAAGGUAAAACGAAAUGAAUGGCUUACAGUAUGUAUGAUGAUCUUGCUGUUACUGCUUCGCUCUAUACGAACGCGUACCGAUGUCAUUCAAACGACUCUAUCUAACACAGAACUUGGUCGUUAUUGUAGAAACGUGCUCUGUGGCUCACACACACACACACAAUGUGUCACACAUACAUCCAUCGAUAAAGACGAGCAUUGAAUUGGUUUUCAUUGUGGAAUUUAAUUCGCUUGAAUGAUCAGUUUACUACGCGCUUACUCAUACCAUCACAUUCACUCGGCAACUUCCAUUCCAGUUUUGGAGUUGCUUUUGUUUACAUUUUUUUUCGCUUUUGUCGUGUGUGUGUGCUUGGCGUUUACAGCGUUGUUGUGCGGCCUGUGUUUUGUUGUUUACUGCUUGUUUGCGCAGCAGCCGCCGCUAAAUUCGUAUUCAGUCGAUGGCUGACAUCGAAGUCGAACGUUGUGGUUACUUUUAUUAGAGAAUUAUUUAACGCGCAUUUCGCGCCGUGUGUGCCGAUUUGUUUUUUUUUCUUCUUUUCGUAUAUUCUCUCUGUCUCUUCUACACCGAAGUGAUAUUUUUUCCGUUUGUCAGUGUGAUGUUUGCGGGUGCGCACCCAUUUUUACGUUUUUAUUUUUGUAUGUGGCCGUUUACAUGUUUUGUGAUAAGCCGUGCGAAUACAAUACAUCAUCGGUCGAGUACCGAUGUAUGUGACACGGCUUUAGAUACUUGUUUACUUUAGUUUACGUUAUUUGUUAUCAGCGUGAAGACCUGAAUACUGUACUGUUUUUUGCGUUUUUUUUUGACAAUUCAGUUGAAAAAUACUGAAAAACAGCUAGAUAGAACAGUCAAGUUUUUCACUCUGUCCAGAAUCAGUAAAUACUCUAUCAAUUCAGUACGAAGAAUUCGGUUUUUUUUCUUCUCUCUCUCACAUGAAUAACCAUUGUGUGAACGAUUCGAAAACAAUUAGUUUCGACGUAUAUUUCCAUUGUGUUGAUCUUGAAAUGAAACUAAUAAUAAGGUCGUUCGAUUGAAAGACGUCGUUUAUCGUCGAAAAAUUAUGCAACACUCGUGACUAAAGCCUCGCACACCGUAUAAUAAUUGUAUCGAAGUGAUAAAUUUAUUAGUUUUUUUUUCUCAUUCCGGUGAUUGUAUUUAUAAAUUUUGGUAUGAAAUGCAGUGUGUUGUUUCGUCUAACCUAUCGCAAGUGAUUAGUUAAAAAUCAAUCAAUCAAGAGUUUUGUUAAAAAUGCGGUUUUGAUUUUUUUUUUCUCGUCAUUGCCUUCUACUUAAGCCGCCACCGUACGUGAGCGGACUCAAAAAUAUUUGAUUAGGAAAUCUAAUUGAAUGGUUAACACUAUCGCAUUUCGACCCAAAAACGAAAUCGAAAUCAGUGAGACGAAAGAACGAAUGAACGAACAGGAAAAAAAAACAUGAAACGACAGCGAAAUUAAAAAAAUUCGUUAAAUAUUUGAACGGCGACUAAUCUGGGUGUUUAAUGUGCUCUCAAUUUUGUCAACAUGGUCGCUUUUUUAGUCUCCGAGUGAGCGUUUUUCUAAAAAAAAAAAAUUAUUUAUAGAAAAUUUGCAACGCUUGCGAUUGGGUUUUAACGGUUUGUCGUGUACUCAAUUGUGUAUUGCGCGCGCGCGAAUUUAACAACAACAUAAAUCGGCCGCAACAAAUCGACUCACACAAGUGUUUUCGGUUUUGUGUGUGUUUUUUAUUGAGAUGAAACGGCGAAAAAACAACAGCAUGAAUACCUCAACCGACCGAAAUAAAUUUAAAUAAAUAUUUGCAAUUGAUUUGAAAAUGCCGGGCUGCUGAUAAGAACGCUGUUUUUCUGAUUCUUAUUUCGUGUUUGGUUUAAGAUUGCGAUUUUAGCACUUUUUUUCUUCUUACUGCGCUUGUGAUUAUUGUUUAUGGUGAGUACUGUAGCAAAUCGAAUGGAAGUAGCGUUUGUUUACGAAGAUGGUUAUUUACGUGAUGGCGAAAAAUGCGAAGAAGUUAUCUGUGGUGACUCAUUUGCAAAUGCCCAAAGACCGCAGUUUCCUUUCACUUACGUUGAAAAGAGUGAAAUUUCGAAUGUGCAUUUAAUGGCUUCGGUUGAUAAAAAUUAACACAUGAAAACACCACUUCUCCAUGGUCAUAAAAUACGAUUUUGAGGGAAACUAGAUCUGUUAUCGGUUGAACAGAGGAACAGAGUGUAUCGUUGACUCUCAAUCCGAAUGAAGCUGUUGCUUCAUCUUUCAUCUUCUGUAGCAUUUGUGUCUGGCAUGUGUACGAAUUUCAUUGUGGUUCGAUCCUCGGCAUUCCUUUGCAGUGUGGCUUUUUUUUUUUGUUAAAGCCGAGCGGAUUUACUUAUACAGAUUGUGUUGUUUUUCUACUUUUUUUAUCUCGGAAAGAGGAGAGGAGGUGAUUAUACGCCCAUCAUCAUGAUUUCAUAAAUUCAUACAUUAAAAUCGCUGCGAAACACUUUACCGCAUAUGUUUGAAUUAUGAAGUACAUUGUCGCUUUUGAGUUGUGCAACGUAUACACCGUACAGUACACACGGGCCACAUGUGUAACAACGAUGAUAAUUCAUUGCAACUCUCUCAUUCUCGCUCGCUCGCUCGUUGUACAAAAAUGAAAGAAUAAUAUACGAUACAUGCUUAUUAAAUUAUUCAAUGAAUGAAUUAUGUUACAGAAUUUAUUGGAUAGAUGCAUCACACUGAAACGAUGAGCCGCUGCACUUCGUCGGCAUACAUUAUUCAGAUUGUUGAUACACAUUGAAAGGCAUGUACUCUCCAGCUUAUCGUUUUGAUUCAAUCGAAAUCACACACAAACACAUACUCACAAAAGUGAGACACGUUGAUAAAAAAAAAAGCCACGGGAACAAAAACAAACGUUGAAAAUGACGGAAUUAGGCAUUAUUUUCGAAUCGUGGCCGCACCUUUUGGUUCAUUCUUCUGAGACAUCGUUCGAAUGUUCCGCAUAAAAUGCAGUGCACACAAAAUUUGUGUUAGAUUUUCUUGAGCAAUAAUAAUUACACGGGCCCACGCGCUAUCACAAAACUCACCUAGUCUCUCUAUCUCUUGUUUGGAUUGAAAUGCGCGAGGAAAAGGUGAACACUGCUCGUUCACUGAAUACACAAUCGUCCGAGUUCAGAUGGCUGUUUAACCAGAAUGUUAGCUAAUAAAAUCGAAUUCAAAGCUAUUCAAGACCUGAUCGCACUGCCGGUUUUCAAAUGCGCAGUGCCCAUGCUUCACAUUGUGAACGAGUGACCGCAUGCAUCAUGGUGUUAUAAAUUCAAAUACCUUUUCAUCAAGCAUCGCCUACUCCAUGUCAAAAAAAAUCGCAUGUGGCUACCCAAAUCGAGAGUUGUGCAAGCAAGUGCUAACCAUCGAAUUCAUUUGUCGACUGCUGUUUAUGCCGCCAUAACAUAAUGGACUGAAAGCCGUUUUCUUCUGGUUAUUUUAUGCCCAUCAAAUGGUCGUACAUUUUGAUCGACAUUUUUGUUGAAACGAAAAAACAUUUACAAUAAACUCCAUUUACUCAAGAAAAAUGUUGAACGUUUUUAGUAAUCAACCGCGUGCGGUGCAGUAUAAACAUUUUUCACACAUAAAUUCACACGAACAUGCUGUAAGAAUGAACAAUACGCAUGUGGCACACGAACCGAGCGCAGUUCAUGACUGAAUUAUUAUGAUCCGAUGAAAAGGGAAUGAAGGCAGUUGAAUUCGAAUGGAGAACACACUGAACGGAAUUAAUACAGAAUAUGCAUUGAUGUUUAACCCGUCACUCAAACCGAUAUUAUUUUUUUUUUUGAAGAAUUCGAUAUGCACCAUUUUCAAGCGAGACCGACGUUUCUCGGCUCUCAGUCAAUGCUAUCAUACUAAUUAGCACUAUUGAUCUCGCAUGUGUGUGAAUUAUUACGCGUUUUCAUUUGCUACCUGAAUACAUUAUAGAACACAUCACAUUUGAUCUAAAAUACAAUGCGAUCGCGUACAUCUCGCGCGAUGGGCACAUGAUAUUUUGUAGUGUACAUUUUUACUUGCCGAUUUUUUUUCGAGUUCGGUUCAGCCAAUUCAAAGCAUGAAAAAUCGGAUGGAUUGACUUGAUUACUAUUUUACACAUUAUAAUAAAGGUUAUUAUGUUUUGCUCGCAAUUUAAGAAUUCCAAAUCGACCAUAACUUAUUCGUUUGGCAAAAAGGCAAUCUGCACAAUUAAUUUUAAGUACUUUUUAACAAUAGUCACAAUCUGAGUAUUAAAAACCACAUAUACGAAAAACAAUUGCAAAAAUGAGCGAAUUGUAUAGUAAAUCGGUGUAAAUUUGAGUUUACUUCAAACGAAACCAGAAUUAAUUAGCGAAAUCAAAAGAAUAAUGGCAUUUUGGAAAGCCGAAAAUGGAGUAAGUAUGCUAAAACAUAUUAAAUGAUCGGACAAGGUCAGAGUAUUUUUCACUUGGAAACAAGAAUUGUUGAAUCACUACUUCUAAACAUUUCCGUCUUGCACUCAAUUGUUCGUCCAUAUUCUGAUGAAAUGUGCCUACAUUUGCAAAAUGAAUAUUCGCUAUUUCAUUCAGAAACAAAUGGAAAAGACGAAAAAUGCUCGACUCGACAACAGUGCGAAUUUAUCAAGUUAUUAUAGGCAUUUUAUGUGUUUGCUCGCGAUAUUUUGUAUUUGAAUUCCGAUCGGGCGGCUUCGUCAUCAAACUAAUUAUACCCGGAUUUCGUAAUCAAAACCGGCUGACGCCACAUUUACUAUAUCAUUAACGCCAUUGGCGUUGAUAGUGACUUCAAUUUUGAUUUAUACAUCAUCAAUGAUAAUGACAAACUUCAAUAUUUGGUGAGAUUUCCAUCAAAAGAAGGCCUCUCUAUCAAUCUAUUUGGAGAAGUGUUUGUUUUGAAUUUUCACAACAAAUACUGUAAAUGGUGUAAAAAAAAAAGAAAAAGGUGUUUUAAAUGAUUUCGAAAGGUUUAGAUGACAAACAACGCCUACGGCUUAGUUAGAUGGGAUCAGUGUCAUUGGAGCACAUAUGUGAUAUGAAAGCACGAAAGCUAGUAGAAAAUGAACAAGUAAAGAAAAGAAAUAUUUCCUUCGCACGCACUCCAUUGGCACCAUUUUUCAUCGUUCAGAACAAAUGAUCGGUAAAAUGAUGACGUGCACUCCUCCACAUUGACGCUGCACCUUUGUUUUCAAUUUUGGCAAUAAAACGAUAACAAUCGUUUUCUACCUACUUUCCAUGGUUUUUCGUCGAAAAUUGAAUAUAUGCCAAAGGUGCAAAACGAUAUUUCCAUGCUAAAAUAUGCGAUAGCACAAAUUCGCGCUGCCUGCAAUAAAAGAAGGCUUUCCAAGAAAGAUAAUAAUGAGCGGGCGAACAUAAAAUCAUUGGAGAAAUGUUAUCGAAAGCCAAGGUCUUCUAAUAAGGAAAUUAAAUUGGCAAAUAAAAAUUCAAGUAUUCAAUUAUCAUUUCCCCAUUAGCGAUUUCCGAGCUCCUCUUAUAUCGUCUGAAUGCUGGUCAUUUGUCGACAUAAAACUGCGACCAUUCGUACAGCGAUGAUUUCAUGCAUUGAGAUAUUAUGAAAAGAAAAGAGGACAGACAGCAAUUGCAAUUAUUCGAGUCGUAUUCAUUGGUCAUCAUUCGCGGUUGAGUCUUUCGGCUGACAUUUAUUAUACAUAAUUGGCCAAUGGUCACUUAUUAAAAUAUGUAAUAAAUAUUUUUAUAAAGUCAUUUGCAUGCAAUGUCUUAAUGAUAACCGAGCGAGUGGCUGUGAGUUGUGUGAUUACCAAUUUACAUGUCAAACCAUUCUUCGUUCUUCUUUUGGAAACGAGGAAUGUCCAUCUUGAACCGCUCCUCGGUUCGGACUGUUAUUUUGUUUAUUCCUUUUUCAUUCAAUCGACAGCAAUAUAUACAGAGAGAGCCACAUGAGAUAGCAUAUUUAUGAUCACAUGACUCGCGAUGCAUCUCGCUUGAAAGAGAUGGACAAAUACAUUUGUGAAUGCUUUAAUCGCAUAAUAAUGAAAUUAUGGUUCGAUAUUGAUUGUUUGCGUUUUUCCCGUUCUCGAAUUGGGAAUCUGUCGAACGAUUAAAUAAAAUUGUUCGGCGUGGCAUAACCAACACACAUACACACACACACACACACACACCACAUGAAUUAUGUUGUCUUCGAAGUGGACAUGUCGAAUGCUGAAGGGAACAACAAACCAGAAACAUCGCAUUAAAUAAAAAUCAUGCUAAUAAUGGUUACGAUGUUUAAACGCAUCCAAGUUAAACGCUCCGAUAUGCUUAAAAUCGAUAUUUCUGAUGCCCGUUGUGUGUCUGUGCCCAUGUAUGUGUGUUUGUCUUCGCCUUUUGCUUUUGGUCAGACAGCGAGCGCGCAGUUGAAGAACCGAUGUUUUAAACUGCAUAAAUUAACCGUAAUUUAUAAACAAAAUCCAAUAUCAAAA